CUUCCAAUAAACGAACGCUAUGGAAACCAAUCUUGCAGUGACCCAGGCUGAGAGGAAGGAGAGGCUUAUAGCUUUACGGAAAAGGAAACUAGAGUCAGAGCAAGGCAAUGGCGGACCAUCUCACUUUGCAUUCAAGCAGAGGAAUUUUGAUCCAGAGACACGGCAGAGUCGGAAGAGGGAUGGACCAGGGGAUGAUACUGUCGAGAAGGCCGUCGAGGGUUUAGCAGAGCAGAUCAUUAAAGAGGAUGAAGAGAAGAGAAAGGAGGAGCUUGAUCUUUUCAACAUACAACCUCGGAGAGCUAAUUGGGACCUGAAGCGCGACAUGACGAAUAGAAUGAGCAAGCUGGAGCGACGGACGAACGAGGCCAUAGCAACUAUCUUCAGACAACGACUGCAGAGCAUGAAGAAAGAUAAUCCAGGAGCCGAAGUGGACAUUGUGGCGAGUAUGAAUGCAGCGGAGCACGAGAGGGACGCGGAGAACGCGGCGUCAAGUGACGAUGAGUAGAAUGUAUAGUAAUGACGGGAAGAAGCUUGGAUUGAGGGACCAUCGUCG